CCCCCCCCCCCCCCCCCCCCCCCCCCCCCCCCCCCCCCCCCCCCCCCCCCCCCCCCCCCCCCCCCCCCCCCCCCCCCCCCCCCCCCCCCCCCCCCCCCCCCCCCCCCCCCCCCCCCCCCCCCCCCCCCCCCCCCCCCCCCCCCCCCCCCCCCCCCCCCCCCCCCCCCCCCCCCCCCCCCCCCCCCCCCCCCCCCCCCCCCCCCCCCCCCCCCCCCCCCCCCCCCCCCCCCCCCCCCCCCCCCCCCCCCCCCCCCCCCCCCCCCCCCCCCCCCCCCCCCCCCCCCCCCCCCCCCCCCCCCCCCCCCCCCCCCCCCCCCCCCCCCCCCCCCCCCCCCCCCCCCCCCCCCCCCCCCCCCCCCCCCCCCCCCCCCCCCCCCCCCCCCCCCCCCCCCCCCCCCCCCCCCCCCCCCCCCCCCCCCCCCCCCCCCCCCCCCCCCCCCCCCCCCCCCCCCCCCCCCCCCCCCCCCCCCCCCCCCCCCCCCCCCCCCCCCCCCCCCCCCCCCCCCCCCCCCCCCCCCCCCCCCCCCCCCCCCCCCCCCCCCCCCCCCCCCCCCCCCCCCCCCCCCCCCCCCCCCCCCCCCCCCCCCCCCCCCCCCCCCCCCCCCCCCCCCCCCCCCCCCCCCCCCCCCCCCCCCCCCCCCCCCCCCCCCCCCCCCCCCCCCCCCCCCCCCCCCCCCCCCCCCCCCCCCCCCCCCCCCCCCCCCCCCCCCCCCCCCCCCCCCCCCCCCCCCCCCCCCCCCCCCCCCCCCCCCCCCCCCCCCCCCCCCCCCCCCCCCCCCCCCCCCCCCCCCCCCCCCCCCCCCCCCCCCCCCCCCCCCCCCCCCCCCCCCCCCCCCCCCCCCCCCCCCCCCCCCCCCCCCCCCCCCCCCCCCCCCCCCCCCCCCCCCCCCCCCCCCCCCCCCCCCCCCCCCCCCCCCCCCCCCCCCCCCCCCCCCCCCCCCCCCCCCCCCCCCCCCCCCCCCCCCCCCCCCCCCCCCCCCCCCCCCCCCCCCCCCCCCCCCCCCCCCCCCCCCCCCCCCCCCCCCCCCCCCCCCCCCCCCCCCCCCCCCCCCCCCCCCCCCCCCCCCCCCCCCCCCCCCCCCCCCCCCCCCCCCCCCCCCCCCCCCCCCCCCCCCCCCCCCCCCCCCCCCCCCCCCCCCCCCCCCCCCCCCCCCCCCCCCCCCCCCCCCCCCCCCCCCCCCCCCCCCCCCCCCCCCCCCCCCCCCCCCCCCCCCCCCCCCCCCCCCCCCCCCCCCCCCCCCCCCCCCCCCCCCCCCCCCCCCCCCCCCCCCCCCCCCCCCCCCCCCCCCCCCCCCCCCCCCCCCCCCCCCCCCCCCCCCCCCCCCCCCCCCCCCCCCCCCCCCCCCCCCCCCCCCCCCCCCCCCCCCCCCCCCCCCCCCCCCCCCCCCCCCCCCCCCCCCCCCCCCCCCCCCCCCCCCCCCCCCCCCCCCCCCCCCCCCCCCCCCCCCCCCCCCCCCCCCCCCCCCCCCCCCCCCCCCCCCCCCCCCCCCCCCCCCCCCCCCCCCCCCCCCCCCCCCCCCCCCCCCCCCCCCCCCCCCCCCCCCCCCCCCCCCCCCCCCCCCCCCCCCCCCCCCCCCCCCCCCCCCCCCCCCCCCCCCCCCCCCCCCCCCCCCCCCCCCCCCCCCCCCCCCCCCCCCCCCCCCCCCCCCCCCCCCCCCCCCCCCCCCCCCCCCCCCCCCCCCCCCCCCCCCCCCCCCCCCCCCCCCCCCCCCCCCCCCCCCCCCCCCCCCCCCCCCCCCCCCCCCCCCCCCCCCCCCCCCCCCCCCCCCCCCCCCCCCCCCCCCCCCCCCCCCCCCCCCCCCCCCCCCCCCCCCCCCCCCCCCCCCCCCCCCCCCCCCCCCCCCCCCCCCCCCCCCCCCCCCCCCCCCCCCCCCCCCCCCCCCCCCCCCCCCCCCCCCCCCCCCCCCCCCCCCCCCCCCCCCCCCCCCCCCCCCCCCCCCCCCCCCCCCCCCCCCCCCCCCCCCCCCCCCCCCCCCCCCCCCCCCCCCCCCCCCCCCCCCCCCCCCCCCCCCCCCCCCCCCCCCCCCCCCCCCCCCCCCCCCCCCCCCCCCCCCCCCCCCCCCCCCCCCCCCCCCCCCCCCCCCCCCCCCCCCCCCCCCCCCCCCCCCCCCCCCCCCCCCCCCCCCCCCCCCCCCCCCCCCCCCCCCCCCCCCCCCCCCCCCCCCCCCCCCCCCCCCCCCCCCCCCCCCCCCCCCCCCCCCCCCCCCCCCCCCCCCCCCCCCCCCCCCCCCCCCCCCCCCCCCCCCCCCCCCCCCCCCCCCCCCCCCCCCCCCCCCCCCCCCCCCCCCCCCCCCCCCCCCCCCCCCCCCCCCCCCCCCCCCCCCCCCCCCCCCCCCCCCCCCCCCCCCCCCCCCCCCCCCCCCCCCCCCCCCCCCCCCCCCCCCCCCCCCCCCCCCCCCCCCCCCCCCCCCCCCCCCCCCCCCCCCCCCCCCCCCCCCCCCCCCCCCCCCCCCCCCCCCCCCCCCCCCCCCCCCCCCCCCCCCCCCCCCCCCCCCCCCCCCCCCCCCCCCCCCCCCCCCCCCCCCCCCCCCCCCCCCCCCCCCCCCCCCCCCCCCCCCCCCCCCCCCCCCCCCCCCCCCCCCCCCCCCCCCCCCCCCCCCCCCCCCCCCCCCCCCCCCACCCCCCCCCCCCCCCCCCCCCCCCCCCCCCCCCCCCCCCCCCCCCCCCCCCCCCCCCCCCCCCCCCCCCCCCCCCCCCCCCCCCCCCCCCCCCCCCCCCCCCCCCCCCCCCCCCCCCCCCCCCCCCCCCCCCCCCCCCCCCCCCCCCCCCCCCCCCCCCCCCCCCCCCCCCCCCCCCCCCCCCCCCCCCCCCCCCCCCCCCCCCCCCCCCCCCCCCCCCCCCCCCCCCCCCCCCCCCCCCCCCCCCCCCCCCCCCCCCCCCCCCCCCCCCCCCCCCCCCCCCCCCCCCCCCCCCCCCCCCCCCCCCCCCCCCCCCCCCCCCCCCCCCCCCCCCCCCCCCCCCCCCCCCCCCCCCCCCCCCCCCCCCCCCCCCCCCCCCCCCCCCCCCCCCCCCCCCCCCCCCCCCCCCCCCCCCCCCCCCCCCCCCCCCCCCCCCCCCCCCCCCCCCCCCCCCCCCCCCCCCCCCCCCCCCCCCCCCCCCCCCCCCCCCCCCCCCCCCCCCCCCCCCCCCCCCCCCCCCCCCCCCCCCCCCCCCCCCCCCCCCCCCCCCCCCCCCCCCCCCCCCCCCCCCCCCCCCCCCCCCCCCCCCCCCCCCCCCCCCCCCCCCCCCCCCCCCCCCCCCCCCCCCCCCCCCCCCCCCCCCCCCCCCCCCCCCCCCCCCCCCCCCCCCCCCCCCCCCCCCCCCCCCCCCCCCCCCCCCCCCCCCCCCCCCCCCCCCCCCCCCCCCCCCCCCCCCCCCCCCCCCCCCCCCCCCCCCCCCCCCCCCCCCCCCCCCCCCCCCCCCCCCCCCCCCCCCCCCCCCCCCCCCCCCCCCCCCCCCCCCCCCCCCCCCCCCCCCCCCCCCCCCCCCCCCCCCCCCCCCCCCCCCCCCCCCCCCCCCCCCCCCCCCCCCCCCCCCCCCCCCCCCCCCCCCCCCCCCCCCCCCCCCCCCCCCCCCCCCCCCCCCCCCCCCCCCCCCCCCCCCCCCCCCCCCCCCCCCCCCCCCCCCCCCCCCCCCCCCCCCCCCCCCCCCCCCCCCCCCCCCCCCCCCCCCCCCCCCCCCCCCCCCCCCCCCCCCCCCCCCCCCCCCCCCCCCCCCCCCCCCCCCCCCCCCCCCCCCCCCCCCCCCCCCCCCCCCCCCCCCCCCCCCCCCCCCCCCCCCCCCCCCCCCCCCCCCCCCCCCCCCCCCCCCCCCCCCCCCCCCCCCCCCCCCCCCCCCCCCCCCCCCCCCCCCCCCCCCCCCCCCCCCCCCCCCCCCCCCCCCCCCCCCCCCCCCCCCCCCCCCCCCCCCCCCCCCCCCCCCCCCCCCCCCCCCCCCCCCCCCCCCCCCCCCCCCCCCCCCCCCCCCCCCCCCCCCCCCCCCCCCCCCCCCCCCCCCCCCCCCCCCCCCCCCCCCCCCCCCCCCCCCCCCCCCCCCCCCCCCCCCCCCCCCCCCCCCCCCCCCCCCACCCCCCCCCCCCCCCCCCCCCCCCCCCCCCCCCCCCCCCCCCCCCCCCCCCCCCCCCCCCCCCCCCCCCCCCCCCCCCCCCCCCCCCCCCCCCCCCCCCCCCCCCCCCCCCCCCCCCCCCCCCCCCCCCCCCCCCCCCCCCCCCCCCCCCCCCCCCCCCCCCCCCCCCCCCCCCCCCCCCCCCCCCCCCCCCCCCCCCCCCCCCCCCCCCCCCCCCCCCCCCCCCCCCCCCCCCCCCCCCCCCCCCCCCCCCCCCCCCCCCCCCCCCCCCCCCCCCCCCCCCCCCCCCCCCCCCCCCCCCCCCCCCCCCCCCCCCCCCCCCCCCCCCCCCCCCCCCCCCCCCCCCCCCCCCCCCCCCCCCCCCCCCCCCCCCCCCCCCCCCCCCCCCCCCCCCCCCCCCCCCCCCCCCCCCCCCCCCCCCCCCCCCCCCCCCCCCCCCCCCCCCCCCCCCCCCCCCCCCCCCCCCCCCCCCCCCCCCCCCCCCCCCCCCCCCCCCCCCCCCCCCCCCCCCCCCCCCCCCCCCCCCCCCCCCCCCCCCCCCCCCCCCCCCCCCCCCCCCCCCCCCCCCCCCCCCCCCCCCCCCCCCCCCCCCCCCCCCCCCCCCCCCCCCCCCCCCCCCCCCCCCCCCCCCCCCCCCCCCCCCCCCCCCCCCCCCCCCCCCCCCCCCCCCCCCCCCCCCCCCCCCCCCCCCCCCCCCCCCCCCCCCCCCCCCCCCCCCCCCCCCCCCCCCCCCCCCCCCCCCCCCCCCCCCCCCCCCCCCCCCCCCCCCCCCCCCCCCCCCCCCCCCCCCCCCCCCCCCCCCCCCCCCCCCCCCCCCCCCCCCCCCCCCCCCCCCCCCCCCCCCCCCCCCCCCCCCCCCCCCCCCCCCCCCCCCCCCCCCCCCCCCCCCCCCCCCCCCCCCCCCCCCCCCCCCCCCCCCCCCCCCCCCCCCCCCCCCCCCCCCCCCCCCCCCCCCCCCCCCCCCCCCCCCCCCCCCCCCCCCCCCCCCCCCCCCCCCCCCCCCCCCCCCCCCCCCCCCCCCCCCCCCCCCCCCCCCCCCCCCCCCCCCCCCCCCCCCCCCCCCCCCCCCCCCCCCCCCCCCCCCCCCCCCCCCCCCCCCCCCCCCCCCCCCCCCCCCCCCCCCCCCCCCCCCCCCCCCCCCCCCCCCCCCCCCCCCCCCCCCCCCCCCCCCCCCCCCCCCCCCCCCCCCCCCCCCCCCCCCCCCCCCCCCCCCCCCCCCCCCCCCCCCCCCCCCCCCCCCCCCCCCCCCCCCCCCCCCCCCCCCCCCCCCCCCCCCCCCCCCCCCCCCCCCCCCCCCCCCCCCCCCCCCCCCCCCCCCCCCCCCCCCCCCCCCCCCCCCCCCCCCCCCCCCCCCCCCCCCCCCCCCCCCCCCCCCCCCCCCCCCCCCCCCCCCCCCCCCCCCCCCCCCCCCCCCCCCCCCCCCCCCCCCCCCCCCCCCCCCCCCCCCCCCCCCCCCCCCCCCCCCCCCCCCCCCCCCCCCCCCCCCCCCCCCCCCCCCCCCCCCCCCCCCCCCCCCCCCCCCCCCCCCCCCCCCCCCCCCCCCCCCCCCCCCCCCCCCCCCCCCCCCCCCCCCCCCCCCCCCCCCCCCCCCCCCCCCCCCCCCCCCCCCCCCCCCCCCCCCCCCCCCCCCCCCCCCCCCCCCCCCCCCCCCCCCCCCCCCCCCCCCCCCCCCCCCCCCCCCCCCCCCCCCCCCCCCCCCCCCCCCCCCCCCCCCCCCCCCCCCCCCCCCCCCCCCCCCCCCCCCCCCCCCCCCCCCCCCCCCCCCCCCCCCCCCCCCCCCCCCCCCCCCCCCCCCCCCCCCCCCCCCCCCCCCCCCCCCCCCCCCCCCCCCCCCCCCCCCCCCCCCCCCCCCCCCCCCCCCCCCCCCCCCCCCCCCCCCCCCCCCCCCCACCCCCCCCCCCCCCCCCCCCCCCCCCCCCCCCCCCCCCCCCCCCCCCCCCCCCCCCCCCCCCCCCCCCCCCCCCCCCCCCCCCCCCCCCCCCCCCCCCCCCCCCCCCCCCCCCCCCCCCCCCCCCCCCCCCCCCCCCCCCCCCCCCCCCCCCCCCCCCCCCCCCCCCCCCCCCCCCCCCCCCCCCCCCCCCCCCCCCCCCCCCCCCCCCCCCCCCCCCCCCCCCCCCCCCCCCCCCCCCCCCCCCCCCCCCCCCCCCCCCCCCCCCCCCCCCCCCCCCCCCCCCCCCCCCCCCCCCCCCCCCCCCCCCCCCCCCCCCCCCCCCCCCCCCCCCCCCCCCCCCCCCCCCCCCCCCCCCCCCCCCCCCCCCCCCCCCCCCCCCCCCCCCCCCCCCCCCCCCCCCCCCCCCCCCCCCCCCCCCCCCCCCCCCCCCCCCCCCCCCCCCCCCCCCCCCCCCCCCCCCCCCCCCCCCCCCCCCCCCCCCCCCCCCCCCCCCCCCCCCCCCCCCCCCCCCCCCCCCCCCCCCCCCCCCCCCCCCCCCCCCCCCCCCCCCCCCCCCCCCCCCCCCCCCCCCCCCCCCCCCCCCCCCCCCCCCCCCCCCCCCCCCCCCCCCCCCCCCCCCCCCCCCCCCCCCCCCCCCCCCCCCCCCCCCCCCCCCCCCCCCCCCCCCCCCCCCCCCCCCCCCCCCCCCCCCCCCCCCCCCCCCCCCCCCCCCCCCCCCCCCCCCCCCCCCCCCCCCCCCCCCCCCCCCCCCCCCCCCCCCCCCCCCCCCCCCCCCCCCCCCCCCCCCCCCCCCCCCCCCCCCCCCCCCCCCCCCCCCCCCCCCCCCCCCCCCCCCCCCCCCCCCCCCCCCCCCCCCCCCCCCCCCCCCCCCCCCCCCCCCCCCCCCCCCCCCCCCCCCCCCCCCCCCCCCCCCCCCCCCCCCCCCCCCCCCCCCCCCCCCCCCCCCCCCCCCCCCCCCCCCCCCCCCCCCCCCCCCCCCCCCCCCCCCCCCCCCCCCCCCCCCCCCCCCCCCCCCCCCCCCCCCCCCCCCCCCCCCCCCCCCCCCCCCCCCCCCCCCCCCCCCCCCCCCCCCCCCCCCCCCCCCCCCCCCCCCCCCCCCCCCCCCCCCCCCCCCCCCCCCCCCCCCCCCCCCCCCCCCCCCCCCCCCCCCCCCCCCCCCCCCCCCCCCCCCCCCCCCCCCCCCCCCCCCCCCCCCCCCCCCCCCCCCCCCCCCCCCCCCCCCCCCCCCCCCCCCCCCCCCCCCCCCCCCCCCCCCCCCCCCCCCCCCCCCCCCCCCCCCCCCCCCCCCCCCCCCCCCCCCCCCCCCCCCCCCCCCCCCCCCCCCCCCCCCCCCCCCCCCCCCCCCCCCCCCCCCCCCCCCCCCCCCCCCCCCCCCCCCCCCCCCCCCCCCCCCCCCCCCCCCCCCCCCCCCCCCCCCCCCCCCCCCCCCCCCCCCCCCCACAAAAAAACCCACCCUCCCCCCAAUGACAGGUGACCUUCCCCAAACCCCCUAA